CGCUGCUGCGCUGUGCCCAGCACGGUCGCCCACCGUCAAUUUCUUCGCCCCAGCGUUGCUCGGCCGUGAGGGAGGGAUCAUCGGUGAGGCUUCACAGGCAGGCAGUGACAAGCUAGCACAGCACCUUGACAGCCAUUGGAGCAUCAGCGAAGUGUCAGCGAAGCGUGGGCGAAGCAGCGCGAUCUGGGGCUUGUUCCGACUUACAUGUCGGGUGGCGGCUCUUCGUUCGCUGGGGGCGGAAUCGCAGGCGGAAUAGAGGUGGGCGCACGGUGGUCGCCGCGUUGUGGCGGAAUAGACCCUCCUGGACGUUAGACCGCCGUCAGAUAUUGUCCAGCAGCGGCGUGCCUCCCCCUGUCAACGUAGGACCCGCCAAGAGCUCGCUUCUCGCUUUCCGCGAGACACCUAGGCCACACCUUGAUGGUCCAUUUUCAUGCUAGUUUGGUCGCUCAUCGCUUACCAACCUAAAUCCAACGCCGGGCGCUGUCUCAAAACGUAGCGCCGCGGUCGUCCAAUGCUCGGGAGCUAGAUCCGGUCUUACUCUCCCAGUCUUCAAGACCUAGUCUCUGUCUCACUCUCCCGUUCCUCCUAGCCUUAGUUCCUCUCCCACGCGAGCCCGUCGUCGUUUGCCUUGGCCCUGGUCGCACCACAUUCUCCGCGCUUGGCGCCCAGCGCCCAUUGCCCAUUGCCCAUCGCCCAUUGCCCAUCGCCCAUUGCCCAUCGCCCAUCGCCCAUCGCCCAUUGUCGUUCCCUCAUGAGUCAACUCCUCACCUUCUCCCAUCCCCCGCCCACCUCGUCCGCGUGAGCCUUUCCCCCUCCCCCUGCCCCUAUGGGGUGCGCGGUGUCAGUGGAGGUCCGCCCCGCCUCCAAGCCCGCGGAGGGCCUCCGCUCCGCGCUGCCCGUGAUCACCGCGGGUUCGGCCGUGCAGCCGCCGGGAAGCGGGUCGGUGCAGGGCAGCGCAGUGGGCGCAGCGAGCGAGGGCGGAAGCGGAAUUCGCGGGUCAGGAGGCGCUGGAGGGCGCUCUGGGGGAGGGUCGGUGGGGAGCGGUGGCGGUUCGAUUGGCGGAGGGGAUGCGCGCGAGGCUGGGAACAGCGCCGCAGACCCCUCCGUCCCGUCCAGCGCGAGCGCGGGCGAGGCGGCGCGGCUGGUGAAGUUCCGCCUGCGCGACCUGCAGGCGGCGACGGGCAACUUCGGCGCGGCGAGCGAGCUGGGCGAGGGGUCGUUCGGCAAGGUGUUCCGCGCCACGGUGGACGUGGGCGGGCACGCGCGCGACGUGGCAGUGAAGCGCCUCAACGAGGACUCCGUGCAGGGCGUCGACGAGUGGCUGCAAGAGAUCCAGCUGCUGUACCGGCUGAAGCACCCGUACCUGAUAACGCUGCUGGGGUACUGCAGGGAGGGCAAGGAGUUCAUGCUCGUCUACGAGUUCUGCCCCAACGCCAGCGUGCAGGCGCAGCUGUUCAAGCGCAGUGCGGUGCUGCCGUGGAGCCACCGCGUGCGCCUGGCAGCGCAGUCGGCGGAGGCGCUGGCGUUUCUGCACUCCAAGAACGUGGUGCACCGCGACUUCAAGCCCGCCAACAUCCUGCUGGACCAGGACAUGGGGGUGCGGCUGAGCGACUUUGGCAUGUGCCGGCAGCAGGCAGAGGGGCAGACGCACGUGGCCACGCGCGUGAUGGGCACCAUGGGGUACCUCGACCCCGACUACAUGCGCACGGGUCUAUUGCGUCAGAGCGCGGACGUGUAUUCGUUUGGCAUCUUUCUGCUAGAGCUGAUCACGGGCAAGAAUGCGAUGAGCGACAGCGGGCAGCUGCUGACGAGCUGGAUCACGCCCAUCCUCGAGCAGACCAAGCCCGACCUCGAGUUGCUCGUCGACCCAAACCUAGAAGGGGCGUUUGACAAGGCCUCUGCUUUCAAGAUUGCCGUGAUAGCACGAUUUUGCAUCGGGGAUGCAAAGGUGCGCCCCGAAAUGAGUAUGGUCGCAGAGAAGCUUAGAUCGUUAGUGCCCACAACAUCGAGAAAGUGUCAUUGGAUAGGCUGGUUUAUUUACACCUGGCAAUGAUUGCGGUGUUGUCAAAGUUCUAUUAUG